AGCUUUUUCGCGUACCCACGGAAUGGGGAGAAGCGAUCGUUAGCGGUCGUUCGUUAAAAGUAGAGUACGACCUUCAGGAAACUUUUUGAAUGUACAUAGUGUCCGUGUUUCAGACCUUACAGUUGAUGUAAAAUAUUUGGUAGAAGAAAACGUGCGACAAGAUGCAGUUAGCGAGGUUGAUUUACGCGCUCAUUAUAUUAUUAUCCGGAGUUGCUUUGUGUCUCGCCGAUGAAUCGCUCCCAAAAGUUGUUACCUCUUUGGGGAUAAUCGAAGGGUAUUUUAAGACCUCCAAUGCCGGGCGAAAAUAUGAGGCCUACGAGGGAAUUCCCUAUGCAAGACCACCCGUCGGAGAACACAGAUUUAAAGUCCCAAAAAGCAUUUCUUCAUGGACGGGAACUUUGAUGGCGAAAAAGUAUUCAUCCCUUUGUCUGCAAUACAAUCAUUUCCCGUUAGACCCCAAUAACAGGGUCGAGGGUUCCGAGGAUUGUCUUUACUUAAACGUUUACGCAGCGAUUAAAACUCAAUCAUCCAAAAAUGAUUUGUUACCGGUCAUAUUUUACAUUCAUGGAGGAGCCUUUACAUUUGGAAGUGGAAUCUUCUACGGGUCAAAGUAUUUGUUAGAUAACGACGUGAUUUUCGUCACGAUAAAUUACAGACUUGGACCUCUUGGUUUUCUGAGUACGGAAGAUGAGACUGUUCCUGGGAAUAUGGGUCUCAAAGACCAAUCGAUGGCCCUGCGUUGGGUAAAAGAUAACAUUCUAUACUUUGGCGGGGAUCCUGAAAAGAUCACGAUUUUUGGUCAAAGUGCCGGUGGUGCUAGCGUGCAUUAUCAUUACAUGUCGAAACUUAGCGCAGGAUUAUUCCGGGGGGGAUGGUCGCUGUCUGGUUGCGCGCUGGAAUGUUGGCCACAGACUGAAGGGGCUUUGGAAAAAGCGAAGAAACUUGCAAAUAUCGUAGGAUGUCCUUCUGACAAUGUCAAAACUAUGGUGAAAUGUUUGAGGAGUCGACCAGCUCACGGAAUCGUACAAGCUGUUGGAAAUUUCAUGCCAUGGUUGUACAAUCCUUACACUCCUUUUGGACCAGUUGUUGAGAAGGGUGGAAGCGACGGAACAACUUUCAUAGAUCGAUCACCGAUCGAAAUAAUAAAUUCUGGUGAUAUCAUGGACGUUCCUUGGAUUACUGGGAUUACUAGCGAGGAGGGUCUCUACCCCGCGGCUGACUUCGUAGGGAACGAAAAGCUUCUGGAGGAAUUAAGGAAUAACUGGGAGACAUUUGCUCCUCAUCUUCUAGACUUUAACUGGACGAUUCCAAAGACGGAUCAUGCGAAGGUCGCGAAUCUGAUUAAAGAACAUUAUUUGGGAUCAAGUCCGAUCGGUAAAUCGACGGUUAAUCAGCUAAUACAAAUGAUAGGAGAUCGAUUAUUCGUUUACGAUUCAGAGGAAGCUGCAAGGCUGCAGGCUCGAGUCACUCGAAGCCCUGUCCGAUAUUAUUACUUCACUUACAGAGGUGCUCACAGUCUAAGCGAGGAAAUGAGCGGUACUACCGAAGAUUUUGGGGUAAGCCACGCGGAUGACCUUGCGUACGUAAUCGAUGUACUUUUUGACUCAUCAACGACGCAGAAAGAUCGGGAUAUGCAGAAGCUGCUGGGUAAUCUCUGGGUGUCAUUCGCUACCAAGGGUUCACCAGACCUGGGGAUAGAGUGGCCAAAAGUAAGCCCAACUUCGAACGCGUUCCCUUACCUUUACAUCGCUGGACCAGCGGAAAUUGAAAUUAAAGAUACUUUAGAAAUUGGAGAAAAGAAAUUCUGGCGCUCUAUCGAUUUUCGCGAAAAUAGUUUCAAUCCCAACAGAAAAUCUGAACUCUAAUUUUACAUGCCUAUCUCGACGUGCUGUAAAUUCAGUGCAUGUAAUAAUUAAGGAUUGUAUUUUAAAAUAUUAACGAUGAUGACUACGCUCCCGUAGUUAUUUCGUGGAUUGCAAUAUGAUAUCCAAAUCGUCUCAAAGUUGCCCUAUUGAAGCAACUGUGUCUAUACGUAUGUUAAAUGUUUUUACACUUUGUCAUAGGUGAAAUUUUUCUAAUUGUGAGUUUGAUCUGCUGAACCCUGCCACCGUCGGUUCGCUGAAUUCAUGCUCCUUAGGGAGCGGUUAAAAUAUUGAGGAUAAUAAUAAAAAUUGACGUAAUUUUUGA